CUUGAUAGCUUAAUAUCACUUUAUUUUUAAAUGAAAAAAGUUAUACAGUCGAAACAUUUUACGAAGAAGUGUCCAGAGAUAAGAAGAGGUUCAGAUGGCCCCAAACAGCUGCUCUUUAACAACUGGGCUACAAGAAACGACUCCUCCAAAGUUGCUGCCCUCCUUCAUCCAGACGACUACCUUGAAAAACCUCGAAGAUAUCUUAAAGAUGUUCCCCAUAAGGCAGGUAGAAAAACAGAUAAAGAAACAGGUGUAUACAGAAAAUGCUGCAUGGGCGCAAACACGUGUUACUGUAGAGAAGAAUCGAUAAAACCCUCUCUGUUAAGAAGACCUAACAAAUGCUUGUCUUUGGAAGAAUUUGAAGACAGGUUCAAAGAAAAGUUGCCAAAAGGGAGACAUUCUUUACAUUGUUUUUGUAAAGCUGGUUCUGCAUCUGCUGAGAAUAUAAAUCUAUCUGACCAUGAAAUUCUACAAAAAUAUCAGGAAGAACUAGAAUGUCUAAAUAAAAAUCUUCAAAUUACGGAUCAAAGAAAAGACUACGAAGUAUUUCGAGAUAACGAACAUUUAGAGUACUUGAAGAACAUCGGCCAAUACAAAAAUUCAACAUUAAUGAGUAGACUACCACACAUACCGGCUUAUUACUUCAGUAACUCCCAUUCGAAGAAUUCGAACUUAUUCAGAAAGAACUCUCGAUCAGUUGAAGACAUUGAUAUUUACGAUGAAGAACACAGAUCAAACUACUUACCCAGUGAGAAAAGAGAAGUAUCUCCAAUACAGAGAUCGAAUUACAAACCACUAGGCAAUUACGAAGGAAAGCAUUUUAGGUAUUACCCCAAAGAUAACGAUGAAGGUAUCUCGUCAAAUGGAAGACAAAAAGAAGAUUACGUAGAAAAUUAUGGAAAUGGUUCAUCUUCUUCUGGAAGAUCAUGUGUUAGAUCUAAAUAUAAUAAGAAGUUGUCGGUAAAUCAAAGAAAUGGUGUUAAAGAGCAUGGGGAUCUUCAAAACAUAAAUUUUACAAACAACAGAUUUGAUCAUUCUGACGAAGAAGAGGCGGAUGAAGAAGAAGGGGAAUUCUAUGUUACAAGACCAAAAACCGUUAAUGCGGCUAUGAACACUGAUCAAUUUAAACGGUUCAGAAAUGAAAAUUAUUUUGAAACCCACGAUUUAGAAGAACAUUUAGCUGAAGAAAUUCCAGAUCAUACUUGCGUGCAUAGAUAUGACUUGAACGAAAGGAAUAUGCCAAUAGGUGUCAAUGUUGAUAUAUACGGACAAAGCAGGUGCUCAAUUUGCAACAAACCCAUGGAAGGACUUCAAGAUAAACCUUAUUUCAGCGAUAAAAUUUCUUCGACUAGACUAAAAAACUUAUCCAAAUGUUACCAAUUAGGUUUAGCACCGACGACAGUUAUCCGUUCAAGCUCUACAAUAGAAGUAAAAGUUGAUCGAGACGAUAUAUGCCCUAGAUUUAUAGGGAGAUGUCGAAGGCCUCAAUACAAAAAUACUUUUGCUCUUAGGCAACAAAAGAUGGUAACAUAUAGACAGGAAAAUGUAUAUUAAGUGUAGACUGGAAAUUAUUUGAAAAUAUCAAGAGAUUAAAAGUGAUUGUAC